GUAAAACGCAGCAGAGGAAGUGUGUAUGCUAAUCAACGCAGGGAGAUGGGUAUAUGUGAAUCAUUUUGACCAUCAGUGGCGAUUGGCCCUCACCGCCAUCUGUCAGCAUGCAAGGAUUCUACUCAAAGCUGGACUCCUCCCCCUCCUCGUCACCAUUAUUGGGGGCUGGCCUCGGGGGAGGCGGCGCACCGGUACCGCUCAGCCUCGCCGUGGAGACAGAAAAAGCUCAGGCUCUCCUGCAGACGUUCAGCUCCGCCUCCCUGCUGGCCUCUGCAGGUCUGGGUAUGUUCUGUGUGGUGGCCGACCACGUCCUCCAAGCGUCGGUGAUUCAGAACCACCUGUGGCUGCGUGCGCUCUUGGACAAUGGCACACACGGAGUCGUGGGGCUGUGGUCGUGGGCGGUUGUUAUAGGACUGAGGAAAAAGAGUGACGUGUAUGAGGUUCUUCUGGCCGGACUGCUGGCCUCAAUCAUAGACCUUGACCACUUCUAUUUGGCUGGAUCCAUGUCACUCAAGGCGGCCGUGUCUCUCCCUCAUCGCCCUCCUCUCCACUGCUCCUCCCUCAUCCCCGUGCUGUGUCUCUCCCUCCGCUUCCUCAUGUGGAUCGCUCGCCUCAAAGACGCCUGGUGCUCCUUGCCGUGGAUGAUUUUCAUCUCCAUGGCGACGCACCACAUCCGUGACGCGGUACGCCACGGACUGUGGGUGUGCCCGUUCGGCCAGACAGCGCCGAUCCCCUAUUGGCUGUACGUGAGCACCACGGCGACACUGCCUCACCUGUGCUCAGUGCUCAUGUACCUGACGGGAACCAGGGAUGUGAUUUCAACCAAACACGGCGUGGCCAUCGACGUUUAGACGCCACGGACGGAUCUGGUAUCAAUGAAUCUGGAUGAAAAAGCUGUGUGAGACCAUUUCCAAUACUUGAAAUUACUGGAGAAUAUAUUUAUAAAUCAGGAGGUGUUGGUGGAGACGCUGUUUUCAGCUUUGAUGAGGAGAGAAUUCAAGUCUUUUUCUGGUUUAUUUACACUCACCGGGACAAAGAAACUGCCCGUAGGAAACACUGGCAUCAUAAAAACGCGGGUUUCGUUGCUUGAGAACAUCAGUAGAAUAACAAAUAUGAGUGCCAAUCAAUUUUUUUGUGUAACAUUUUUCAUUUUCCAGCCGAAAAAAAUCUGCAUACUGUGCUUUUUACCUGCGUGGCCCUUAAAAGCUGUUUUACCUCCUGUUCAUGUACCCAAACACAUGUGGGCUUAAAAAAGAAAAAAAAUGAUUUUCAGAUUUCUAAUAAUCUUUAUUAGAAGGAUAUCAAUUUGUAAAAUCCUUACAUGGACUGUAGAGUUGCACUUAGUGGUCAUAUGAAGUAAAAAGUGCAAUUUUCUUUCAAUUUUUAAUCCCCAUUUUUACAAUAUUCAGCAUUAGUUCUGUAAAAAUCGAUUUGGAAUAUUGAAAUAUCUUCAAAUGAAUCCACAUUGAAUCGAAUUGGAUGUGAUUUCGAAGUGAAUCAAUUGAAGAAAUUAGUCCGACGUGUACUCGGCCCUACAUGUGAGGCAGUUUUUUUGACCUCCGCUGUCCGUCCUCGUCUCUACUCAAGGAAAAGUCAACCAAAGGUCAUCAACCACGGGCUGCGUGACACCGACAUGUACAGUAGUUAGUUAGUUCACUGUGUCACUGUGACCCUCAGUGUGUCGUCCUCCAUCUGUCUGUGCAUUUAAAGUGAUGGUAGUGGAAGUCCGUGUGUUGUAGAUUCAUGUUUAAACAUCAGCCACAUUCCCGUGACAAAAAUGAGUCACUGCGAAACAAUAGUCAUCGUCUUUGCCCUUCGCUGAGUUAAGUUGAGUCUCCUUUGUCCUUUAGAGGACAGUGUUUGUUCUGCUUCAGUGGUUUUCAGUGCCAAACAGAGAAGGACAGUGCUUUUCAAGUUGCUCUUUUCUUUACUUCUUCAUACACACUUCUACACAUUUGAAGUCCAAGCUGUUCAGUAAAAAGGCCUUUUGUCUUUAAAUAGACAACUGAAAUGAUUGUGUCGUAUAGAAUUAAACAUUUUGGGCUCAGUUGUUAUAGCAAAAGUCUGAACUCUUUAAAAGUGUUGAGGGAAUUAAAAGCUGAAACAUAGAAAGGCGCUGUAUGUUUACUUUUAACUUCCAUGGGAGUCAUUAGAAUAGUAUAUUAUUAUUAUUAUUAUUAUUACUCCAUAUUAUCUACCUGUAUGUAUACAAUGCUGUUGUACUACAAUGAAACGGUUCAGUAGAGUCUUCAUGUUAAAAUGAAUGUGUGUCAAGACUCAGGAUUUGUGGCUUCGUUUAAACUAUUUAUCGCACAUAAAUAUUUAAAAAUUCACUACAGUCAUUACACUGUUUAGAUGUAGACUGACCACACACACACACAUUCCUGUUUUAAAUACUGCAUUAAAAUGGUAUUUAUUCAAUGGGUUUGAGAGACUUGUCUGGUUUGAAUGUAAUUUAUAAUUUCAGUAUGGAAAAAGGAAAGAUUUGUUUCAUUAUUUCUCUUUUGUGUCAAUCUGUUGCUUGACGAUUUAGGUUUUAGUGACGCUUGUUGUCCACUAGAUGGCCACGGUGAGCUGUGAUCAUUAUUUCACCACAUGAUUAUAUAUAUUUUACUCUGUUAUGUGAAGAAGUGGAGGAGUGGGAGCUAAAUAAAAAGAAAGGGAAAGUAAGUCUGGAAGUCAUCAGGUCAUGGCCUUUAAGAGUUGUGACAUGCAUUUUUCGAUGUUUUGAUAUUUUUCUGGUUCUGUGUGGGGUUUUUAGUUCACUUUAAAAGCAACUUUCAGCCUCUUUAUUGAGUCAAAGGUUCAAACUAAUGUAAGGAACUCUCAGUAAAAACAUUAUCUCUCUUUCUGCUGCUUUUUGUUUACAAUGUGACCUUUUGUUUAUGCAAUAUUAUUUCCAAUUUUGCACAUUAGAUUAUGCUUUCUGGUUUGUAAUUUCGUUGAUAGGAUUUAUUGUAGUGUUAUUUUUUAUCUGAAUAAAAAUGUGUCCUGGAUAUUA